AUGGAGGCUGCAGACCUAGGUGAACUACACUCCUUGAAUGUGAUAUCUACUUCCACGGAAAGACCGUCGUCGGCACAGCAAGGGACAGAGAGAUACCUUGGUACUCUGAAGACCUUAUUGUCCGUCCCUAGUGUUCGCAAUAUACAUUUCGGCCGGGAUGAGUUGACCGCCCUUCUCAAAAGCAAUCGCAUUGUGGAACGCAUGACCAUCGAUAAUUUUGCCGGUUUGCCCAUUCGGCCACAGCUUGACUAUGCAGCCCUGGGGAUUCAACGUUGUACAAUGUACUUUAGUAUCCCGGUAUACAUUCUUGAUGCUGGCCCUGAUAUCGAGGUCGCAGCGUGGAAAGACUUGGGACAACGAUUGAGCAGCGAUAAUGAAUUGCUGUUGCUUCAAGUUGAGUUGUGGUACAAAGAUAAGGAUAUGGAAAGGGCCGCCAACCAUAAAGCUGGGAUCCAUGGGGCGUUGAUAGAGAAGAUCGAGAGAAACAAGGCCGAAAUUAAGACGUUCAGUAUGGAUACUACAAAGGGAUAGUGUCGUGGUAGAUCUUGUACGAUAAUUAACCGAGAACUGUACUUUCCCUUUCAUUCUAUGUCUGCGUAUAAAUGAGUAUUCCCAAGCUCUGCUCCAGUAUGGUUUUGAGUCGGACUCUCCAGGAAAACCUUAAUUUCAUUCCUUGUGUAACAGUCAGUCUUAA